GCCAAAAACAACACACGAUUCAUUUUUCGUACAAAAAGUAACUCACAUCGCUUCCAACUCGAACUGAUACCAAAUUCCCAAUUCAACUCUUUCAUUUUCCACUUCACUUCCAAAAAACCCUAGAAUCCCAAAUCGAAACACUGAAUUUGAAAUUCAGCAUCCACAACAAUGGAAGAUCCUCCUCGCGACAACGACGAUUACACUUUCAAACAACACAAGCUUCGUGAAUCCGAUGAAUCACAAAGAUACCUUCGCGAACAGAAUCUUUCGUUACUCCUCGAAUUGAAUCAGAAAGAUCAACUCCUUCAACGCCACAAGUCUGAAGCGGAUAUGAAUGCACGAGCUUUGAAGAAAUUCGAUUCGGAGAAUCAGAAACUUGCUUCCGCGUGUCAACAAUUGUUGGAUCAAGGGCAAAAUUUGGAAAAGCAAAUUGCGUUGUAUGAACAUGAUAGGGAAGCGUUGAUGGAAUUUGGGAAUGAAGCUGAUGGACGAGAACGAGAGGCACAAUCACGGGUUGUUGAAUUGGAACAGAAUUUGCUCUUGUUGGUGGAUGAAUUGAAGAAACACAAGCAUCAAAAUGAUUUGAUGGUUGAUUCUUCUACUACAGGCGCAGUUGGGGAAAAGAACUUACUUGACUCUCUUUUGGCAUCACUUACUAGCAAAGAUGAUGAUUCUACAUAUGCAUUUUUGGAAGCAAAUACUGAAAAUGAGUCAUGUAAAAGGCUGCUAAGUAUGUGGAACUGCUUAGAGCCAUCAAUUCGGAGAGUUUUAUCUCUAGUUGCCAAAAUCAAGUUACUUCAGAAAGAUAAGGAGCAUCUUAGAAUUAACCUUCACAAGGCUGAGGAGGAGGUUAAAUUGCUGUUUGAUGAAAACAGCACAUUAGACAUGGAGAACAGAAGGCUAUCGAAGAAAUGCAAGGAAAAGAACCAUUCCAGUUCGGGCGAGAAACAUACUAGUCGCCUGUCUUCUAAGUCAAACAAGAGAAAGUCUAGUCCCAAAACAAGUAGCCCAGUGGAGCAGAAGGAAAGGAACCACCCCAAUUCGGGCGAGAAACAUACCACCAGCCCAUCUGCAAAGUCAAACAAGAGAACGUCUAGUCCCAGAACAAGUAGCGCACUGGAGAGGAAGAUUGAUUUUGACGAUAUAGAUUCAGCAAGACAACCAUUAUCACCCUUACCAUGUAACUCCUCAGACUGUAGAAUACAGAAAUAAUAAUGUGAGACUAAUGUUCUAAUAGUAGCACAGUGUUUCCGAUUAACAUUUGAGUUUAUUAAUCCUAGUUUACAUAUCUGUUGCUCCUAAGAAUCUACAUUGAUCAAGCUUUUAUGGAAUGGGAGCAACUCUGUCCUACAAAUAACAUGUCUAUUUCAUUGAAGUUAUUUUUUGUUUAACUUGAACAAGAAGCAUUUACGGCUCAAUGAUGGCACUUGCACGUGAACAAUUUUUUUUUGUCCUUUUCAAUAUUUUCUCGA